UCCCGUGCCUUAGCGUAAAGAACAUAGGCAGGAUGCAUCCAAAGAAGCCUAUCAACACGACUGAGCAUCCUUCCUGGCGUGUCUUCGACCUAUCGUUUGCCUUCGAGAGUAGUAUCAGCCAUGUUGCAUGAUGAUUCGGCCCCCAAAAACUCCAGCCCUGCUACAAGCCAUUUGAGUUUGAGAAUUCCUUUAUAAGCUGUCCUCUCCCGAAUCGCCUCUUCAUGCUACAACCCAAAAUAAAUCAUGUAUCGAAGAGUAGAAACUCGGGACGGCGAACAUCGUCCCAAGAGUCGCGAUGUCAGUCCCGUUCCAUCCGAUCACCGGACCCCUCCAGAAUAUGCGACAAUCAUGGAAGGAAUAGGCGGGGAAGACUUGCAUUUAUCGUUGAGCACACCCGCUGAAGCUAGAGAGAUUCAUAACCGAACUGAACACCCAAUACAUGCUAAUGCUGGAAACGCCGGAAAAUCAACAGAUUCACCGAGUCUGAAAGAGGAAGGAGCGUCUGCGCAGAAUGAAUGGACACCGGGAGUCUGGGUGCGCAUGCCAUGGCUAGGCUUGAUGGCUAUACUUGGAAACAUUUCUUGUAUACUAGCGUUUGUUGUGAUACUCGUCUGCAGCAAUAACUCGGAGGUUAAAAAUUGGAAUACGAAUUUACAGCCAUCCGUUUGGCUUUCCGCUGCGUCGACACUCGCCAACCUAUCUCUUGGACUUGCACUGGCAGAAGGGCUGAAUAUUGUUUUCUGGAGAGAGGCCAUCAGAGGAUCCAGUCUCAACGAUCUCAAUACGUAUGCCAGCGGUGGUUCACUGAUCGGAGCCCUAUUAUCCUUUUACGGAGGCAACAAAAACAAGAAAACGUUAGCUGUCAUUGCAGGGAUCGCCUUGACCACACUUUCAACCUUUCGAGGACCGGUCAUCCAGAGAGCCUCCGUAGUAUCCUUCACAACCAUCGAAACUUCGGGAAAUAUGACUCUGAAUGUUGCGCAAUACUUGGAGGUGAGAGAAGAACCACUCGGAGUUACGACUGGAAGCUCCAUCGACACUACAGAUGCCACGAUAUCGUACGUCACCUCGAACUUCUCGGAAAUUGCACUAAAUUUCACCAAUCGUCAAGGUGUCUACAUCGAUGCUCCUGAUUGUGGAGACAAUUGUACUACAACAGUUCAGGGAUUCGGGUUCAAACCUACUUGCAUUUUCAACAACGCUUCCUUCGAUGGUCAAAAUUCCAGUAUCGGCUCGGCCGGUGUUAUCGUCUUCGAGUCAGCCGUGAAUUACCGCUACAACUUGAGCUCAUCAGAUGUACUGCCCAACACACAAUUCAUUCUGAAUUCAACGUUCCUCGAGGGCGGACUUCAAAGCGACGUUCUUCCUACUCAAAUUUGCACCCUGGAUGUAGCGAUCGUCGAGUAUUCGGUAUUCAUCAGUGGCAACACUGUCCAAAUGAUCUCUACUACGGUUUACGAUCCCUAUCUCCCAAGCAGCUUGUCGUACAUACCUGCCGGAUUCGCCACGUCGUAUCUCGACGGUAGCUCUGAGUCUGGCAAAUCGGGCACCAUCACUGCUGUAGGAAGUAUCGUUGCAGGGUUCGCGUACUACCUCGAUUCGCUAUUCGCCUCUUCGAGCGUUCUCUCGUUCCAAAGUUUUGGAGAAACUUUUGAGGACUUGCAGAACGGGAAUUGGUCCCUACAAUCCAUUGGGAUAAAUGCAAAUCAGUACAUGUCCCUGGGCACGGGAUGGACGAUCACUGACAACACCACUUGGUCAAACCCCAUGUCCGACAUGUUGAAUCAGACUCAGGAGUUGGCAUUUCGAGUUGCAGUGCAGACUGCCAUCAAUAACCCAGACCCAUCACACGCGCAAAUGGUUCCCUACACUGGCCAAAGAACGAUCACUGUGUAUAAAUCGGAUUAUACUGUUAUGGGCAUUGCGAUACUGAUCAAUUUUCUGGGAUUGCUUUCGGUGUUAAUGCUCUAUCAUGGUUGGUGGGAUUUAGGACGAAGAACAAGUCUGAGCGUCUUAGAGACAGCCAAAGCGUUUGGAGCGCCGUUGUUAAGGGAUUCAGAUGACAACGCUACAGCAAAGCAAAUUCUGUCAAAAAUUGGGAAGACAAGGAUCAUGUAUGGGGAAGUCACAUCGGCGAGGUCAUCUGGGGAGUUUCUCAUUCCAAGGAAAGGGAUUAGGAGUAGGUUGCAGAUGGUGGAGGAGGAAAGAGGGAGGAGGCCUAGUCUAGGGACGGUAUUUGGCUGAUGCGGGGACUUUUUGAUAUUUUUAUCAUUUGAAGGUUAUAGUAAUCUAUUCACAAACACUCAUUCGCUCGUGGAAUGAUGUAUAUCUCGUUCGAUGCUAAC